AUAACGGCCGUAGUCUUUCCUGCCACGGGCGUUUGUUUUGACGUGGACGGGUGCGCCUUCACAGCCCACGAUCAAAGCGUCGUGGCGACUAUAUUUCACGUGCCGCUUGUCGUGGCUAAAUCAGACUGCCCAGGUGCACAGUAUCCAUCAACCCUGCGAGAGUUUCCGUUUUGGUCAAGGCUUCGGACCAUCUCGCGCGCUCGUACCCAUCCGCCGUCGCACGCUCUCUUUUGUCGCUCUCUGCAAGCAAUUGCUCUCCGACUACCAGCCUCUUCUCGAUUGACUGCCGCGGGACAAUUCGUCCUGCAACCACGACCACGAUGCCCGUUGGAAAUUACAGACCGCUGACGCUGACGCCCAUCAACUUCUCCCUUACUGAUGGCACUUCAAUUCCUGCACCGCCCGACUCGCCGCCCGACUCACCACGUCCGCCUACACCAGGCGCGGGACCGCUUUCGUCGCAUCCCACGCCAAAAUCAGCCGUCUUUCCCCAACAUAGGGACUCGCCACCGCGCGCGCGCUCGGAAGAUUCGGUACCAGAGCAAGAAGAGGAGGAAGAAGAGGAAGAUCAGGACCUUCGCCAGGUGCGAACGAACGGUGCGGCCAGCAGCAUGCUAUCGCCCGUGAGCCCACCAAGUCGGCGUCCGUCUCCUCCCAGGCGUCCGUCAUCUGUGCGGAAUUUCUGGGGCAUGCGCACGCUGUCGUCAUCAGAAAAUGCCAAGUCAGAGAGACCAGGCUCUUCGGCUACAAUACAAAGUCAGGCGCCCAGUCUGUCGCGGAGAAAGAGCGGAAACUGGUUCGGCAAGAAGAAAGUGUUUGCACCUGGCAAUGGCGGCAUGCCAGAACAGGAGAAGGUCACGGCUCCAGCAAACGGGUACGUGGCUCCACGACCUGUGCCAGCGCCAGUCGUGCAAACUCCGCAGCCUACGCCAAUCACCCAGCCUAAGAGGAGGGACCCGCCGCCUCCGGCACUACCUGAACUUCGGUCUUUUGGGGUCAGCGAAGACUCGCUCAGCUUGGGCGCUGAUGACAUGUUCAAAGACAUCAAAUGAAUGGUGGAUUCACACGUUUGAGACGGCGGCACAUUUAUGACGCGACGCUGAGAGAAAGUUUUGGUUUAAUGAUGGUGGUCCCAUCUCUCUCUAUGGGCCACGGAUGGGGACUUGUAAGAUCGCGGUACUUUCUUUUGCUUGCACAUGCAUAUGAUACCCCCAACCAAGACAGGAUGGCGACGGAGGCUGCACGGUUGGAACUGCAUCUUGGGUCUUGGGACAGGGCAGCAAUUUGGGUGAGAGGGCUGAGGAGGAUAGGCAGAUUGCAGCAUUUUUUCCUAUCAUUGCUUCAUGUUACGGGCAGGACUAUUGCUGCUCAUAAAUUUUAAAUCAUUGUUCUCUUCG